AUGGAACGUAGGGAGGACUGCGAGGCUGCCGUCUGUCUGUGGAAAGAUGCCGAGGCACCGUAUCCUCGCUGCUUCCAGCCGAAGGACUACUACGGCUAUAGGUUGCUUGGCUACUCAGUGCAAGACACGGACCAUGCCCUGUUCAACUUGACUUAUGCGGGUGGUCCGUACAGCCCUUACUCAGACAGUCUCAUACAACAUGUGCAGUUUGAGGUGACCAAGUACAGCAACCGGAUCGUCCGCUUCAAGUUUGUAAAUGCUGCUGAGAAACGCUACGAAGUGCCCGUUCAAGACACCUUCGAGUUUCUCCACAAGCCUCGGCGCACCGACAACCCACGUUACUCCCUCAAGAUGGGCACCAGCAGUAGGGGCGGCUUCUUCUACUUCAGCAUUUUGCGUCGACACACAGAUGUCAGGCUCAUCGACACUAGUAUCGGCGGACUGGUGAUGACCAACCAGUACCUGCAGUUUGUCACGUACUUGCCAUCGACAAACCUGUAUGGCUUUGGCGAGUUGGGGCACAAAAGACUGCGACACGAGUUUGACUUCACAACGCACGUCAUGUUUGCCAGGGACCAGGUGGUUGAGGAUGGCAAAAACCUCUACGGCGUCCACCCAUUCUACAUGUGUAUAGAAGACGGGGGCAAGGCACAUGGUGUACUUCUCCUGAACAGCAAUGCCAUUGAGUAUACGCUUCUCAAGGCUCCGGCCCUGCGGCUGGCCACCAUAGGUGGAGUGCUCGACUUCUUUGUUUUCGUGGGCGACAACCCCGUGCAGGUCAUUGAACUCUACUCCAGUGUGAUCGGCAAGCCCUUUUUGCCCCCGUACUGGGCACUGGGAUUUCAGUUGUCACGAUAUGGAUAUGGGUCACUGGACAAACUCAAAAAAGUGCUGGAGAGGAACCAGAAGGCUGGGUUCCCCGUGGACGUGCAACAUCUGGACAUCGACUACAUGCGAAAUUCGACCACGUUUACUGUCGACACUGUGCGCUACGCCGGGUUGGCCGACUUCAUGGCUGAGCAGCGAGCAAAGAACGGUCUGCGAUUUGUCAUCAAUCUGACACCGGCACUUCCGAGCACAUUACCCGACUAUAAGCCAUUUGUGCGGGGCCGCAAGUACAAGGCAUUUGUCGAGUAUCCCAGCAUGACACCAUUGGAGCGCCGCAGCGUGCCACCUGUUGCACGCAAGCCAAGAGACACCAUGUUCGGAAUUCUGUGGCCCUGCAGUCCAGUGGCAUAUGUGGACUUCUUCAAGAACUCUACUACCUUCUGGUGGAAGCAAGAACUAGCGAGGAUGCAAAAGAAGCUGCCGUUCGACGGCAUCUGGCUGGAUAUGAACGAACCAGCUGAGUUCAGCACCAAUCUUGGGGCACUCAGUGCCGAAGUUCGCAAGAAUUGCUUCAAGGACUGGAAGCUCCUGUGUCACGUGACCAUCUUUGACGAUCCGCCAUACCCUACCAAAGCAGCCACACAAUAUGGCCCGGAAGCCCGUCUCAGCGACCGUACGCUGUGCAUGAGUGGCUGCUUUGGCGAUACGAGCUGCUACUGGCACUAUAAUGUGCACAACCUGUAUGGCUGGAGUGAGAUGCGAGCCACACACAAUGCCCUCAAUGAAGUGCUGGAUGAACGGCAGCUAAUCAUCAGCCGGUCAACGUACCCUUCGAGCGGCCGAUAUGGAGGACAUUGGCUCGGGGAUAACUACAGCACCUGGUCGCAUCUCCGCCGCUCUAUAAUUGGCAUGCUCGAGUUCAACAUGUUCGGCAUACCGUAUGUAGGCGCCGACAUAUGUGGCUUCAUCGGCAAUGCCACCGAGGAUCUAUGCGUCCGGUGGAUGCAGCUGGGUGCCUUCUAUCCGUUCAGCAGGUCCCACAACGACAUCAAGGCAGUCGACCAAGACCCCGCAAUGUUCAGCGACGCUGCGCAGGCUAUCAUGAAAAAGGCCCUGCAGGUGCGGUACACCCUGCUGCCCUACUUGUACACGCUUUUCUAUGAGGCCCACAACAAGGGCACGCCCGUCAUCAGGCCUCUGUUUUUCGAGUUUCCACAUGAACCUCAUACAUACGAGAUCGAUGCACAGUUCAUGUGGGGCAAGUCUCUGUUGAUAUCACCAAUCAUACGAAACAAUACGUACAUGUCCUUCUACCUGCCAACAGGACUGUGGUACGAGUACUAUGAUAACUCUCCAUUCCUGAGCUCAGGCGAGUACAUGGUGCACAACUGGCUCAAACUGAAGACGCCAACACCGCUGUAUGUCCGGGCAGGUUCCAUUCUCCCAACGCAGACCCCAGGGACGAGCACAUGGGACAGGCUGAACAAAACUGUAACUCUCAUGGUGUACCCAAACAAUGGCAAGGCCUCCGGUACUCUCUAUUGGGAUGAUGGCAUCGGGAAACGAAACAUCGAAACUGGUGCCUAUGACUACAUCCGAUUCCGCAUUGUGGCUUGUCACUUGGCUGUUGCUCGGCUGCACAAGAACACCGUGCCUGUGCCACUGAUCGUUGGCUCCAUCGUGGUCGUUCACAUGGAAACCGCACCCACGCACCUUUACGUUGAUGAAAAGUUGCAGCCGAAGAAUGCCAUAACUCCACUUGGGAACAAGGCGUACGAAUUCAAGGUAAAGCUGAGUCUCCACUUGGACAAAACAGAGCCCAGCAUCGAGUGGGAAGGCGAGGGAAACAGAUGCGUGACGUAACACGAAACAAUCAUGGCUGAAGCGUCCGAAGAGCAGUCCAGAAACCUUGCCGGGCUACGUACAAAACGACUGUGGCUGUCGGAGGCAAAAUUAGAGUUCCAAGUGAGACCGGUCUCCCCAGCUAGGACCGCCGGAUGAAUGAUUCGUCUAUAAAAAAAA